AUGAGUUUCCCCAGUCCAGCAGCAUCGGUUAAAUUGGUUCUAUUAGGCGAAGCCGCCGUUGGAAAGUCGUCUUUGGUGCUUAGAUUCGUACUGAAUGAUUUUCAAGAAAAUAAAGAACCGACAAUUGGAGCAGCAUUCUUAACUCAAAAAUGCACUAUUGGAGAAAGAACCAUUAAAUACGAAAUAUGGGAUACUGCUGGUCAAGAAAGGUUUGCAUCAUUGGCCCCAAUGUAUUAUCGUAAUGCCCAAGCUGCAUUGGUAGUUUAUGAUAUUACUAAACCAGCAUCAUUUAUAAAAGCAAGACAUUGGGUUAAGGAAUUACACGAACAAGCAAGUAAGGAUAUAACAAUUGCCCUUGUUGGAAAUAAAUAUGAUUUGGUUGAAAGUGAUAAUGAUGAUAAUGAAGAAAGCUUAAGAAAAGUUAGUGUUGAAGAAGGUCAAGGUUUGGCUGAUGAAGAAGGUUUAUUAUUCUUUGAAACUAGUGCUAAAACUGCUCAUAACGUUAACGAUGUUUUCAUUGGUAUCGGUAGUAAGAUUCCUGAUACCUCUGCCUCUUCCUCCUCAAAUAAUGCUUCAAAUGGACCUAAUAAUGAAGGUGGUAGAAUUGAUUUGAGUUCUGGUAAUUCUUCAAGUCAACCUUCUGGUGACUGUGCUUGUUAG